AUGUUUUAUCUGCUUAUUCAUCUGAUAUCAAUUGUAUUCGCUUCUGAAAAAGUCAGCAUUUCUAUAACAGAUUAUUGUGAAUCGGAAAAAUUUUCGGAUUGGAUUGUUCGUGAAUUUAAGCUUGACAAGUUUCCAACUAAAGUGUAUUGUGAGUUUUCUUUUCUGUAUGGGUUUUUUUUUGGAAUUUAGAGAACUUUCUACCGCUUUAACUAUUAAUUUGAACUCCGCCCAUUUUUCUGAAAGCUAGCUCAAUACAGUUAUUUCAGUAUCAUUCAACCAUUGUUGUGCAGUUCAUGAUGAUUGUUACCAUCAAUCUCUCGGCAAAGAAUGGUGUGAUAAAAAUUUCGAAAGAUGUUCUUCACUCAUGAUUGAACAGGUCAAAAAGUAUUCAAUACUUUCUAACUCGCGUAUUUCAAGAUUCGGAACACUUCAAAAAACUACUCAUUUCUCGAAGGAACAUUAUAAUCCUCAAAAAUCAGAUAAUGAUGAAUAUGCUCCGGUAAGUUAUCGAAAAAUUGGGAAGAUUUAUCCAGUAUUAUUCAAAUAUUGUCGGACACAAAUUUCAACUUUCUCAAGUUGUGCAUUUCGUUUCGAUGAAUGUGUUUUUGAAGAUAUCGUGCCAAUAGCACAUUGCAAAAUAUAUCUCGAUUUUUGUUUGCAUUCUUCGAGAGAACAAAGAGAUCAAGAUUAUGCGUGUGAUUGUGCAGUUCGUGCUGUUCAACUAUCAAUUGAUGUCCCUGCAAAUUUGCCAUCAAACAAUCAAUCAAUUGUUAGGGAAAAUAGUAUGAGUUUUGGACUUUUGGAAUUUGCCUAA